CCGAGGAGCAUCCAGUGGCUGUGUGUACCUCAAAGGGGAAAGAAGUGUAUCUGCCUUAGUGCUUGUCUCUGCGGUGAGACUAACUCUACCUCCUGGAACUUUGGGGAACUUUGAUAAUGAAGAUGAAUCGACGAGGGAGAUGCAGGAGGAAGCUAUGUACAGCGGCGGUAGUGUUGGUAUUCCUGGCGGGGAUCAGUGCUGCCAACCCUCCCGAGGACACCGAGAAAGCCAGUGAUACCAACCCUCCCGAGGCUGUUGAAGAAGACACUGAUAUCAAUUCCACAACGUCAGCGGAGAGAGAUAGACGUCAGGCUUAUCAGCACGGCCAAUUAUCGACAGUCGGCCAUUUCGGCCCAUACAGUGGACACCCGCCCACGUCACACCGGAGGCCGUUUUCUGUCUUCGCCUCCCGUCCCGCCGUCAUCAGCCAACCUGUCAGCUCCGGCCCCUACGGCACCCAUGGUAGCAUCAAGCCCUCGGUCAUCCAUGCUAAGCCCACGGUUUACAAGACGUCUCGUAAACCGACAGUGAUCAACCGGACACAUAAACCAGUACAACACAGGCGCGGCCCACCUCGCACCCCCGCUCACACCUUUCCCUUCACUACCCACGCCCCUGGAUUCACGCCCGUGCCCGCCCGCCCCUACCACACCCCUGGACCGAUACACCCACAUUAUGGCUAUGGGCCUCACCAUACGUCGAGGUGCCCGGGAGACUAUGCCUGCAUGCCCCUGGUGACCUGCGCCCCGUGUUUCCCCGAGGUACAGGACCAACCCCAGCUGGCUUGUUCCCUCUACGACGGUGCCCCAGGAGUCUGCUGCCCUGGACAACCCAACAGGAGUAACCUGCGGCAGGUGUUCACGGAGCCAGUGAUCGAGAUCCCAAGACUGAACAUCAACUUCGACAUCGUGGACGAGGCGGCGCGGUAUGGUGUCUGGCAGCUGGGCGAGAGGGAACUACUGGGGAGGGAGCUGCAGGCAAGGGACAUCGAGGUGACCAACACGAACGCACCUGAGUACGGCCAUCUACAGUUCUUCAAGACCUCCCCCAUGGCCAUGAGUCUCGCAAGAGAUGCCCUCGUUAGUGACGGGGCCGGGUCUCACCUCCUACACAAGUUAAGGCUGACGCCCCUACAAGCAGGGUACGGUCUGCAGCAGAUCAGCAUCAGCGACACCGUCAUCGCCAACAGCUGCCCCGCGCCACCCAGGUGUGAAGAGAAGGAUAGGUUCUACCGCACCAUCGACGGCUCCUGCAACAACCUGCAGAAUCCCAGGUGGGGUCAGGCCAGGACCACCUUCCAGAGGCUCAGGCCCCCACAGUACAGCGACGGACUCUCCAGCCCUCGCAAGAGUGUAACAGGACGUGAGCUGCCCUCCGCCAGGUUGGUCUCCGUCAGCACCGUAACGGACGUGAACAACCCCAACCCUGACCUGACCCUCUCCCUCAUGCAGUGGGGUCAGUUCAUCGACCAUGACCUCACCCACACGCCCAUCUUCAGGUUCACUAACACAAGUGGUAUCGAGUGUUGUGCUCCCUACGGCCGCGGGAAGGUGGAUCCAUCGUUCACGCACCCCGCCUGCCACCCCAUCGAGAUCCCUGAAAACGAUCCCUUCUACGGCAGGGUUGGUCGACGCUGCAUGAACUUCGUCAGAUCCAUGUUUGCCCCCCGCACUGAUCCCUGUAAUCUGGGUUUCGCCGAGCAGAUGAACCAGAUUACACACUACCUCGACGGCUCCAACAUCUACGGGUCCAGCGAGGAGGAGGAGGGGCAACUGAGAGAGUUCCAGGGUGGACUACUGAAGGUGCAGGAGAGGUCACUGCUACCUCCUGAUUUCGACGCCGACGAGUGUGAAUCUAUCCGGGAUGGUAUACCGUGUUUUAGGGCUGGAGACAACCGCGUCAACGAACAGGUACAGCUGACCGUCAUACACACAGCUUGGGUCAGAAUGCAUAACAGGAUAGCCCGAGAACUAGCCAGCCUUAACCCUCACUGGUCAGAUGAGACCAUUUACCAAGAGACCAGGAGAAUUGUGGUGGCUAUCUACCAGCAUAUCAUCUACAACGAGUGGCUGCCUCUUAUCCUUGGUAAGGACUUCAUGGCAGAGAACGGCCUACUCCCCCGGCGUGAAGGUUUCUCCCGGGACUAUGAUGAUGGUCUCAAAGCUGCUGUCUUCAACGAGUUCGCCACAGUCGCCUUCCGCUUCGGCCACACGCUCGUCCAGGGCAUGUUACAGCUGGUGGGCAAGAAGGGCAAGUCAGCAGGGACGAUAGAGCUGAGAGAGCAGUUCAACAACCCGCGGCUCGUGUACACCCCCGGCAAGCUGGACGAGUUCCUCAGAGGUCUGGCCACACAACCCGUCCAGCAGGUGGAUAACUUCGUCUCAGAGGCCCUCACCAACAGGCUGUUCGAGACCCCGCAAAUGCCCGUCGGGAUGGAUCUCGUGGCUCUGAACAUCCAGAGAGGACGUGACCACGCCAUCGCCCCCUACAACGAGCUGAGGACCACCUGUGGCCUACCCAGAGCGAGGACCUUCGAAGACCUGCUUGAUGUUAUCCCUCCAGAGGUGGUGCAGGUGUUCAGUCAGCUCUACGCCAGUGUGGACGACAUCGACCCCUUCAUCGCUGGCAUCUCCGAGAGACACGCCCCGGGCUCCGUCCUGGGGCCUACCUUCAGGUGCAUCAUCGGCGACCAGUUCACCCGCCUGAAGAGAGGAGACAGGUUCUUCUACGACUUCGCGGACAUGCCCACCUCUUUCACUGAAGCUCAACUUAACGCCAUCCGUAUGAUAUCUUGGGCUCGCGUCCUGUGUGAGUCUGGUGACAUGAUCGGUUAUGUCCAGCCCCUCGCCUUCCGUCAACCCCGCGGCCUGAACCAGCGGGUACCCUGCAACAGUGCGGCCAUCCCCGGCCUGGACCUGAGACCCUGGAUCUCUGAAGCCUAGAAAUAAAGCCUGUUAGAGGCCUCCUGCCCGACUCUCUCCAGCCUGUACAACGAGUGCUGUCGUGUUGUUCUGUGGCACGUUACUUACUCAGUGUUGUCUCACUCGUCUUCUCUUGUUCACUGGUGACACUGUCCACCGCCACACACCCAAGUUGUGUUAUGUUGCUCACAGGCACCAGGAAAGUCUGCCCCUCGCCACAUGACUUGUGGCGGUGAUCAACAAGUGCCAUCAACAGUUGUCUUCUUACCCACACCAGACCGCCUGGCCCGACAUACAGUAGUUGACGCCACCAACAUAGUCGUCCACUUACAGGAAAAACAACAUUAAAAACAAAACUAUCAACAACAGAAAACUGACAGUCAGAAAAAAUAUGUCAACUUGUCCCGUCAGCUGGAGUAAGACAGUGAUCAGUACAGUACUAAAUAAUGUUUCCGUGUAGUACAGAUGGUAACACGUCCAGUCGUUAACCCUGUGUGGUAUUAUUAGUGUCGUCUUAAGGGCUGGUGCAUGACGGCGGGGAUAAAUUAAACCAUCACUUAUGACUGAGAUUAGUUAAGAGUAGCUGUAGAGGUAGAUGUAUAUGUCCGCCCUCCGUGACACACCUGCGUUAUCGAGGGAGUCACUUCACUUUAUCGUGUUGUCACUUAUGCUUGUGUCAAUUCAACCUAUGAUCUGGUCAGCUAGGGCCAAUUCAACCUAUGAUCUGGUCAGCUAGGGCCAAUUCAACCUAUGAUCUGGUCAACUAGGGCCAAUUCAACCUAUGAUCUGGUCAACUAGGGCCAAUUCAACCUAUGAUCUGGUCAACUAGGGCCAAUUCAACAGUGUUACGGCGCUUCCAGACAAAUUCCUCUCACUUUCACUUCAGUAUUUCUUUCCCUAACAAAUACCAAACUUCACUGAAACAAAGUCGCCAAUUUUGUUGAAGAUGAAAAUUAGAUGCGGUUAUUUAAAAUCUUCAUUAAAAAGAUUCCUUACUCAUUAUCACCGUCCACAGCAUCCACUUAAUACUUCAACUGUUUAAAGGAUCUUCCACCAUCACUCACUCACCCUGCAUGUCAAGCUAUUUUAGAAGUAUGAUAAAUGUAACGUCAUUAGAGGAGGCACGCGAGCAUCAAAGUCGAUAAAUUAUACCAAUGUUUACGUUUCUACCAAGAUGUGACGUCAAAUAAUAAAAAUACAGUUCUGCAGACAAGUAGAUGCAGCGCUUACACUUACAAUCCACUUAACUGCGAACGACAAGACUGAUUCACUCGUUCACUCGGUAACAAACAAGUAUUUGAACUUGUUUACCUUAAGAAAAUAUCUAUGUAGUUCUCGCCUCUUCUUCCUCAUAAAUAUUGGACAAUGUGAGUGGAUGAUCAAUUAUUUAAAUCGUAACUAAACACAAGACAAAGUAUAUAACUAUCAGAGUCUCCCCUAAAUAUUUACCACAGACAGACAAGGAACUGAUUUUUUUUUCAGGCGACUGGAACUAACCGAACCUAACAUAAUAAACACUUAACGAUUCUAAAUUAUCUUUUAUUGUGAGACUAAUUGGUUGGUUAGUGUCGCUUUCUGUCAAAAAUAAACAAAUAUAAAGUAACAAUCCCGUCCGCGGUAAUUCUCAAUAUUGGCCAUUUUGUCUCAUUUCUCAGUUCUUUCCACUAUAAUUAUCAGGUUUCAAUAGUUCUUAUAUUUUGUAUAUUCUUUUCUCUCUAGCUCAGUCAUUAAAGAUGUAUGUUCAUAAAUUGUUAAGAGAUAUAUAUAUAUAUUUUUAAAAGCCGUAUAGUACAGUAUAUAUUCCUCUGUAAUAAAUGUGUAUAAUAGUAUAUAUUUAUUACGUGUCAAAAGAGUUAUGAUACAACACCAAGUUUUUUUUUUUUUGGGCUGGAAUAAAGAGUUUGAUUAUGA